AUGGAAUCAAUCUCCAAAAACAUGAGAAAAAGCAUUGUUUGUACAAAUGAAGAAGAAGGUGCAAUCUUAGUAGCUAUGGAGCUAGCUUUUGGGUCAGUGCUUCCAAUGGUAUUGAAAUCAACCAUAGAACUUGAUCUCUUUGAGCUUAUCUGUCAGGAUUGUCGGCGAUUUGGUGGUGAAGGAGCUUCUGCUUCUCAACUUGCUUCUUGCCUUCCUGCUAAAAACCCUCAAGCAGCUGUGGUUAUGAUCGACCGAAUUCUCCGCCUUCUCACGGCCCGUUCCGUCCUCACUUGCCGUCUCGACACGCUUCCCGAUGGCGGAGUGAGGCCGAGCUACACCUUGGCACCGGUGGCCAAGUAUUUCACUAGAAAUGAGGAUGGGGUUUCUCUUGCCCCUUUUUCGCUCUUGAUUCAAGAUAGAGUCUUCAUCGACUCGUGGCACCAUCUAAAAGAUGCAGUUCUCGAAGGGGGGGUCGCAUUCGAUAAUGCUUAUGGCAUGCAUGUGUUUGAAUAUGCAGGCACGAAUCCAAGAUUCAACAAGGUUUUCAACCAAGCUAUGAACGAUCAUUCAACCCUUUUUAUGAAGAAAAUUCUUGAAAAAUAUAAUGGAUUUGAGGGUGUUGAAUCUCUGGUGGAUGUUGCUGGUGGAAAUGGAGCUUCAUCAAAGAUGAUUAUUUCAAAGCAUCCUUCAAUCAAGGCCAUCAAUUUCGAUCUUCCCCAUGCUAUUCAACAAGCCACCCCUUAUGCUGGAGUAGAGCACAUCGGGGGAGACAUGUUCGCGACCGUGCCCAAGGCGGAUGCCAUUUUUUUGAAGUGGAUCUGCCAUGACUGGAGCGAUUCACAUUGUGUCACACUAUUGAAAAAUUGCUAUGAAGCAAUUCCAGAAAAUGGAAAAGUGAUUAUUGCCGAAUCGAUCCUCGCGGAGGGCCCACAGAGCGCCGCAACGACUAUGAGAUUAGAGCAUCUCCAACGGCGGACGUCACGGUAG